CCGAUAUAGAUCAGAAGCGAGAGAAAGAGACGGAGAGAAGGCGAGAGAGCAGCAUGGCUGAUAAUCUUAUGCUGUUUUCUGUGUUUCUUCAUUCCUUCCUGAGAGCCCUGAGGCUCCCCUUUGUCCCCUUGAGAAAACUGAGAUACCCACGUUCCCAUUCUUCCAGAGGCAUGAGGGCCUCCUUCGCCACCUGCCCUUCUGCCACCAAAGUCCCCAUAGACGACAUCUCCACCAAGACCAUGCUCUGCCAUCUUGACAGUGCACUCCUGAGAUCAGACUCGACCUUCGCCUACUUCAUGCUGGUCGCCUUCGAGGGGGGCAGCCUCCUCAGAGCCCUUCUCCUGCUUCUCACCAGCCCUUUCCUCUUCCUCCUAAACGAAGAUCUCAGGUUGAGGGUUAUGGUGUUCGUUAGCUUCUGCGGGUUGAAGAAGGAAGGGUUCAAGCUGGGCAGGUCCGUGCUGCCCAAGUUCUUCCUCGAGGAUGUUGAUCUGGAGGGAUUCCAGGCGUUGAUGAGUGCUCAGAAGAGGGUGGUCUUCAGUGGUCUGCCGACGGUGAUGAUUGAGGGGUUCUUGCUGGACUAUCUGGGCGUGGAUCUGGUGGUGGGCAGCGAGUUGAGUGCGGCGGGAGGUUAUUACACUGGUUUGUUGCAGAGAGGCGGUGGAAUGGGCAGGAUGGUGGUGGUUCUGAAAAAUUUGUUUGGCGAAAAGAAGGCUGAUGUUGGUCUUGAAAACAUCAAGGCCAGUGAUUAUCACUGGCUCUCCUGCUGCAAGGAGGCCUACAUGGUGGGUGCAUCAGAGAAAAGAAGCAGAGGCACGGCGCUACCAAAAGAGAUGUAUCCCAAGCCGUUGAUUUUCCAUGAUGGUAGGCUGGCCUUCCGGCCAACUCCCCUGGCCACUCUGGCCAUGUUCAUCUGGCUGCCGCUAGGCUUCCUCCUGGCAAUUCUCCGGUCGCUGGUGGGCCUCUUCUGUCCGUACAGCAUAGCCAUGUUUGUGGGCUCAUUCCUCGGCCUAAGCCUCCAGCUAAAGGUUCACGGCACGCCGAGGACCAGAGAAAGUGGGGUGCUCUAUGUGUGCAACCACAGGACACUGCUGGACCCACUCUACUUAUCAGGCGCCCUCCACAGGCCAGUCACUGCUGUCACCUACAGCCUCAGCAGGAUCUCCGAGUUGUUGUCACCAAUCAGAACGGCUAGGCUUACCAGGGACAGAAUGAAAGAUGGGGAGAAGAUGAAGUCCCUGUUGAGUAAGGGAGACUUGGCCGUGUGUCCAGAAGGAACCACCUGCAGAGAGCCCUACCUGCUGAGGUUCAGCCCGCUCUUUGCUGAGCUCACAGAUGAAAUAGUGCCUGUUGCACUCAAUGUUUCGGUGAGCAUGUUCUACGGUACUACGGCCAGUGGACUCAAGUGCCUUGACCCUCUCUUCUUCCUCAUGAACCCUUUCCCUGCCUACUAUGUUGAGAUCUUCGAGAAAUUGCCUCAGGAGCUCACAUGCACCGAGGGUCAUAGGUCAAGGUAUGAAGUGGCCAACCAUGUGCAGAAGAUGCUGGCAGAUGCAUUAGGUUUUGAAUGCACCAUGCUGACAAGGAAGGACAAAUACUUGGUUUUGGCUGGAAAUGAAGGCAUUGUCCCUUCCAGAUAAAGAGCCCCAACUCCUUAGGUUGGUUUUAAUGAUGACAGAAACUAAAGAGUAGAGUUCAAAAUACCGUAGCCUGUGAGCUUUCUAUACAGAUUUCUCCCACCGAAACAAAUGGCCCUUAGGUCCUUUUUUUUUUCUUUUUCUUUUUUUUCAAAACCUUCGUUGUAUUAUUUUUUAUCCGACUUCUGAAACGUGUACAAUAUUCUUUGAUAUGGAUUAAUGAAGCUUCCAUUUAUUCUUUUUUUGUUUA